AUGAUUCGGUUCGAGACGAUUCGGGACCGGGUCCGGACGUAUCAACCCGACGCUGACUUCGAUCUGCUCCGGGCGGCCUACGUCGUGGCGGCCCAGGCGCAUCAAGGACAGGUCCGCCGCUCGGGCGAGCCCUAUCUGAGCCAUCCGCUCGAGGUGGCUGGAAUCCUCGCGGAUCUGAGACUGGACAUCGUCUCAGUGGCCUGCGGCCUCCUCCAUGACGUGGUGGAGGACACCCACGUCACCAGCGAGGAUCUCGAACGCCGUUUUGGCCGGGACGUGAGCCGGGUGAUCGACGGGCUCACCAAGCUGAGCCGGGUGGAGUUCAGUUCCGCGGAGGCCAAUCAGGCGGAGAACGUCCGCAAGAUGAUCAUCGCGAUGACGGAUGACACCAGGGUCAUCCUGAUCAAACUCGCCGAUCGACUGCACAACAUGCGGACGCUCGACUUCCUCCGCGAAGAGAAGAGGCAGCGCAUUGCCACCGAGACCCUGGACGUCUACGCCCCGAUCGCGGGUCGGCUCGGCAUCGGCCGCAUCGAAGCAGAACUUCAGGAUCUGGCGCUUCGUCACCUCGAGCCCCAGACCUACCGGGUCCUCGAAGCCCGGGUCAAAGCCAAAAAGCGAUGGGCAGAGGACUUCAUUCGGGAUCUCAGCCGGACGCUGAAGCGCGAACUGCAUGCAGAGACAAUCCCAGGCGAAUUGUCCGGACGGACGAAGAGCAUCUACUCCAUCCACCGCAAGAUGCAUCGGCAACAGAUCGAGCUCGACCAGAUGUACGACUUCAUCGCUCUGCGGUUGGUGACCGACACCGUGCCCCAUUGCUACACAGCGCUGGGAGUAAUUCACAACGUCUGGACACCAAUCCCGGGCCGCAUCAAGGACUUCAUCGCCAUGCCGCGGGCCAACGGCUAUCAGUCGCUUCAUACCAGCUUGGUGACCGACUCCGGGACCCACUUUGAAGUCCAGAUCCGCACGACCGACAUGCACCGGGUAGCGGAAGAGGGCAUCGCAGCUCAUUGGAGUUACAAGUCGUCCGGAAGCUACGGAGAGCAGGACAUCAAGCGCUUCGCAUGGCUGCGCCAGGUUCUCGAAUGGCAAAAGGAAAUCAAGGAUCCCCACGAGUUCCUCAGCAGCCUGAAGAUCGAUCUCUAUCCGGACGAGGUGCACUGCUUCACCCCGCGUGGGGAGGUCAAAACACUCCCCCGGGGCGCAACACCGAUCGAUUUCGCCUAUGCAGUCCACACCGAGGUCGGGCACUCCUGCAUCGGAGCCCGCGUGAACGGAGCCAUGGCGCCGCUCCGCUCUCAGCUCCGGAACGGGGACAUCUGCGAAAUCCUCACCCGCAAGAACCAUCUGCCGAGUGAGGAUUGGCUCAAGAUUGCCCGCACCAACCGCGCCAAGAGCAAGAUCCGGGCGCGGCUGAACGCCGAGGCCAAGCGGGAGAGCAUCGAAAUCGGCCGAAAGCUUCUCGAAAAGGAAGCGCGCGCUCACGGCCUGAGCCUCCGACGGGUCCGUUCCGCGCCCGGGCUCGCCGAUGCGCUGAGACGCCACGGCGCCGCAAACCUGGACGAUUUCUUCGCCGCCAUUGGCUACGGCAAGGUGUCGGCCGCGCGGGCGCUCGCGGACUCGGUCCCCGCCGAACAACUCAAACACACAGCCGAGAAAGCCCCCCCCUCCGAGACGGGGUUCGUGGGCGCUGUCCGACGCAUCAUCGGGCGUGAUCCGGGGCAGAUCCUCGUCAGCGGGCAAAACGACAUCCUGGUCCACCGGGCUCGGUGCUGUUCUCCGCUUCCCGGAGAAGCGAUCGCCGGGUACAUCACCAAGGGGAAAGGCGUCGCUGUCCACGCGGCCAAGUGCCGCCAACUCGCGGACCUGGUGCGGGAUCCGGAGCGUCAGGUCUCGGUGUCCUGGAAGUCAGUCACCGGCGCGCGGUACGACGCCGGUUUUGUCGUACGGGUCGAAAACCGCAAGGGGAUGCUCGCGGAUAUCACGAAGAUCAUCGCCGAGGCUGACACUGACAUCCGGGCCUUCGAAGGCACUGCCGACGACGCUGAGCGCGGCGCUAUCUACGUGACUGUUGCGGUUCAAAACGCCAAGGAAGUCGGCACCAUCUCACGCCUUCUUCAGACCGUCCCCGGAGUAAUCGAAGUCCAGCGCGGAUCCCCCGUGUCCAGCUAG